AUGAGCAAAUCAUCAAGCUCGGAGGAAAAUGAAGUGAAGAAAGGGCCAUGGACUCCAGAGGAAGACGAGAAGCUCAUCAGCUAUAUACAGACGCACGGUCCCGGAAAAUGGCGAACCCUUCCCAAGAACGCCGGGUUAAAAAGAUGCGGGAAGAGUUGUAGAUUACGAUGGACAAACUAUCUAAGACCCGAUAUCAAGAGAGGAGAGUUCUCUAUUCAAGAGGAAGAGACGAUCAUUCAACUUCAUCGUCUUCUUGGAAACAAAUGGUCAGCCAUUGCUAUUCAUUUGCCAGGAAGAACAGAUAACGAGAUAAAAAAUUAUUGGAACACGCAUAUAAAAAAGAAACUCUUACGAAUGGGGAUUGAUCCUGUGACUCAUUGUCCCCGAAUCAAUCUUCUUCAGCUCUCUUCGUUUCUCACUUCAUCUAUCUUCAAAUCUAUGUCGCAACCGACGAAUACUCCAGUUGAUCUCAGUACUUCAAGUAUUAAUCCCGAAAUCUUGAAUAAUUUCACUGCCUCUCUCAACAACUUCCAAACCGAAUCAUAUCAGCCUCAACCAAACCAGCAGCAGCUUCAAAACGACUACCAAACCAGUUUCACCAGUUUGCUCAACUCCACACCACCGGUUCAGUGGCAAAACAAUGGAGAAUACUUGGAAAAUUAUCUCAACUACACCGGUUCAAAUGACCAAUCUAUUAACCAGCUGCCCCCUCAAACCGGAAACUACCCAUCCGCCGCAUUUGUAUCCGAUGAAUUUAACAACAGUGAGAAUUUUAAGGCCGGGUGGAAUUUCAGUUCACCAAUGCUACCGGGAACUUCUUCGAGCAGCUCGACGCCAUUGAAUUCAUCUUCCACGGUUUACAUCAAUGGUGGAAGCGAAGAUGAUAGAGAGAGUUACGGUAGUGACAUGUUGAUGUUUCAUCAUCAUCAGGAUCAUAAUAAUAAUGCUUUGAAUCUAUCAUAA